GAAUUUCUGGCGGUUGGUAUGUUUUCUUACGCUAGGUCUGGUCCGCUUUACUGGUCGUCGCCUAAUAGGAGUUAUACUAAAAUAGUUUCCUGAUGUGCUGCAUUGUGUAGUGAUUUGUCGUAAUCUGUGGUUAUCAUAAUCAAGAUUUUUCUGCUUUGUGCACUUUAAAAUGACGUCUACGAAGCCUGGAGAAUGGGUCAUGCAGGCUCUACUUCGUCAGUUAACCAACUUAGCCCAAUUGAAAAUUGAGAAAGCACUUGAAGAUGGUCAAGAAACAAAUCUCGUGAAAAGCAUGAGACUGAAUGAAGAUGCAGCCUAUGAACAUCUCAUAAGUGCUUUUGGUGUUGCCGCCGAAUUCGCUCUUCCUUCAAUCUUAUCUACACUUUCACUAUGGUAUAGAUCUCAGCACUCAUCUGGGAAAUAUUAUCAAUUCCACCAGUUUCAGUCUUUAAGUUCAGCCAAUGAAUACAUUGGAAACGCUACUUCAAUGGCAGUCCAACGUCCUUUAGCUAACGAUAGUAAUCCUGUUGUUGAAAGCCAACAAGUUUCAUAUCUUACUGCCAAUAAAUCAGAAAAGACUAUCAAAUGUGCCUCAGAGUCAUCUUCGCUGUCGAAAUCCCAUAAUUUACAUUUACCAGAGUUAUCUGUUCUAUUUGAACGACGUGAUCUUGCCAUUGAUAUUAUAUUUUGUCAUGUCAUGCUUGCAGUUUUAAAGCAAUUGCCUUUUCAUCCAGGCCAUAAUGAUGUUAUUGAAUCAAUCUUAGAGCAAUGUUUCGGAAGAUUCAACUAUAGAGAGGAUUUGCAGCCGAAAAAUAGUGAAAAUAUAAAUCUCGUCGCUGAUCUAUACGCAGAAAUUGUCGGACUGUUAUUUCAGUCAAGAUUUGCUCUGGUACGCUACAAAUUUAUGAGUUGUCUGAAUGAUCUGCGAUCUAAAGAAAACAGUCAAAAUAAUAGAGCUAGUAUUGUAUCUCUUAUAAUGGGGAUGAAGUUUUUCCGGGUUAAAAUGCAUCCAAUUGAAGAUUUUGUGAAAUGUUUCACUUUCUUACAAGAAUUAGGUCAGUACUAUCUGGAAGUGAAAGAAAUUGAAAUCAAGCAUGUACUCUCUGAUUUGUUUGUUGAAAUUUUAUUGCCAGUAGCUGCUGUUGCACGUCAAGAAGUUAACAUUCCAGCAUUAAAAACAUUUGUAGAAAAUUUAUAUCCAACAAGUUUGGAAUUGGCUAGUAAGAAGAAACAUAUCCCAGCCUUAUUCCCGUUGGUGACUUGCUUGCUGUGUGUUGGUACUAAAUCAUUUUUCUUGAAUAAUUGGACCAAUUUCUUGUCUAUCUGCUUAAGUCAUCUUAAAAAUCGGACUUCUAAAGUAGCUUUGGUCAGUUUACAAUCAUUAUCCUGCAUAUUGUGGGUCUACAUUGUACGUAUCAAAGGUGAAAAACAUACAGAAACUCAAACAAAAUUACACACAAUUAUCAAUAGUUUAUUUCCGAAAAAUCAGAAAAUUAUUCUACCAAAAGAUGCACCAAUCAAUAUAUUUGUUCGUAUUAUUCAAUUUAUUGCUCAUGAAAAGCUUGAGUUUGCCAUGAAAGAAGUUAUCAUUGAGCGGUUAGGGGUGAAUGGAUUACAGAAAACUUUAGUGAUGCCAGAGCGAAUAAAUGUAGGUAUAUGUGCAUUCCUGCUGAUUGCCCAUGGCCUUCAACAGAAGGAGGGGGAACCACCCAUGCCUCAACAAUGCAUUGGUGCCGGAGGGGUUGGUGGUGGUUUUAGGCAAGCUGUUAUUAAACGCUCUUUUCAUGGUACCAAUUUGAAUGAAGCAUUGGGUUCCUUAUUAGGAAUACAAAGUUAUCUAGUACCUGUUCGAAGAGCAUUUGAACAUAUUUUACGUCAGCUGGAUACUCAAGUUUGUCGUACAAUGAUGUUGCCAAAACAAGAAGUUACUCAAAAAGAAUUUGAUGAGUUAAUGACAGCAGACCGUAAACCUAAACUGGAUUUAUUAAAGACCUGUGUUGCCUGUAUUCCUCGUCUGCUUCCUAUUGAUAUGACUAAACAAGAGAUUUUAGAAAUACUGGCUAAAGUUUGUCUGCAUGUCGACGAAGACGUACGAAAAAUGGCACAGCAAGCUAUGGCCAACUUGAUAGUCGAACUACCAGCUUAUCGGGUUAAAACAAUACAAGUUUUUAUACAAUUUAUUCAGAAAAAUGUAGCUGAUACAUCACCUCACCAACUAGAUAGCUGUCUGAAGACUUUAUUUCAUCUAUUAAACAAUUGGAAGUUAGCAUUGCAAAAGGAUGGAGCCGUAACACCUAAUAUGGCUGAAAAAUCAGCUUUAUAUGAAGCUGAAGGAUUUGCUUUGGUUAUGUUGUGCAGUUGUCGUUUAAUUACUAGACGUUUAUCUGUUCAUAUUCUCAGGAAAUGUCGAGCUUUAUCAAAUUUAAUCCAAUCCGCUACUUAUGAUCAAACGUUAAAAAAUCCAAAUGAUUCACGGGAAUUGUGUUGUAUAGAUAUUUUAGACCGUUCAGUGCCAAUUAUUUUGAAAUAUCUUUUACCUAUAUUACCUUUAAGCGAAAGAUCCGCUUUGUCUUCAGUGUCUAACAUGGAUUUUUCUGUCUUCACGGAGCGCUCUCAUCCUGUUUGGUUUAGUGGUAGUACACUGCCUGUGUAUUCACCUGUGGUUUUACCAGCUAAUUAUUUGAAUAACACUCAAUACUCUGGUUUAAUGUCUAACAAUGACGUGCAACAAAGUGAAGAAGUCCGAUUUAAUGGUUUAUCAAAUCUUCACGAUCUUAACAAGUUAAACAAUUGUAAUAAUAAUAACAACAAUUGUAAUACUAAUAAUAAUCCAACUGUAGGAAAUCCAGUGACCGGCAACACAAAUGAGAAAUCUAAACCCGAUGAAUCUGUUGUACAGGAAUCAUUUACAAAAAUCGCGAUACAUAGAAAAUCAGGUAAUAAUUACUUUGUGUUUUAGUUGUUUUUAUAAUUCAUGUUAUGUGUGCAUUAUAAAUUAUUGUGUGGAUAUGCAGCUUUUUGGUGAGUUUGUUAUUAUCUAGGCUUUAUGUUAUAGUAAGUGAUUCGUGUUCAUAUUUAUUUUAUUUGAACACAUAAAUAUUGGUACAAGAGGGAACCAAAUAUAUAUGCGCCACACAAACCAUGAGAAUUCGAAGGGAAAAAAGGUAAGGAGCGUAAAAAAUACCAAUAACGAACAAAUUAUUGUAAGGUAGUGUAGUAGU